GCAGGGGAAAUCAUCACCGACAACAACUUUUGGAAUCUCCUCCGAACAGGGUGACAGUAAAGUACGGAUUUACUGCUAUGAGCACGUCUAUGGUGAAUAUUUGGGCAUCAAAUUAAUACUGUUCAGAAAGAGAAACCUAACACGGGAUGUUUCUCUUCACCUGACGCUAACCGCAAAAAUCCAAAUUUCUGACUGUUAGCUUCUCUUAUGUAGCCAAUUAGCUCCAACCGACUUGAGUCGGUCAACCGUCACGUCAGCUUUAUCCCGUGUCAACGUGCCAUGGAAGUCUCGUCAGGUCCUCCGAUGCCAAAACAAAUUGUGAUUAUGAGUAAAAACAGCAUAUAACCUGUUGGGUAUGUGCCUCUUCCCUCUUUGGUUGUACAGACAAGACGCAUUCCAUCCCCAUGUGUAGAACUUAAACUGAACAAAGAAUCUGCGGUCCAAAGGUUUCAUUGCAGCCUCAGCACGACCACAACAAGCCGGCCGAUGCAGAUAAGGUAUCGGGGUCAGGCCAUCCAUUCAGCCGGUAAACAAGUCCUAUAUGAGCUGACCAUGGAGGUUGUGGGACUGAUUUGAGGAAUAGUAGAAGAUACGUCUCUACAAUGGGAAGUCGAAGGUACAGUUUCAAGAAGGAAUGCUUCAUUUUGUCAGUGGAUGUUGGAACCACGUCAAUCAGAUGUCACAUCUAUGACAAGGAGGCAAAUGUCAGAGGAUCAUGCGCCACCGAGGUUGUUCCUUUGUAUCCAGAAACGGGAUACGUUGAGAUGGAUCCAGAUGCAAUUUGGAAAGGGUUUAUCACUGUAGUUAAAGGAGCUGUACAAGAUGCAGGAGUACAAAUGCGUCAGAUAGGCGCCAUGGGCAUCUCCACUCAACGAGGCACAUUCACAACAUGGAACAGAACAACUGGGGUUCCUUUCCAUAACUUCAUCAGCUGGCAGGACCAGAGGGCUGCAGACCUGGUAAAAUCCUGGAACACCUCCUGCACAAUGAGAGCAAUCCAUGCCUCGAUGAAGGUGAUCUACUUACUGACCAGGCAGAAGCGGGCACUCGCAGCAAGUCUUAUCGUCUUCUCCACUCAACAUGUCACCUUCCGCCUCGUCUGGGCCCUAACACACUACAAGCAGGUUCGUCAAGCAGUCGCUGAAGAUAACUGCUGCUUUGGAACAAUAGACACCUGGAUCCUGUUCAAACUCACAAAUGGGCGGGUCCAUGCCACUGACUACUCCAACGCCAGUUCAACAGGAAUCUUCGACUCUUAUCAGAUGUGCUGGAGUGGCUUUCUCAGCUUUCUUGUUUCGCUGCCUCUCUCUAUUUUCCCCAAAGUAGAAAAUACAGACCAUGACUUUGGUUCCACGGACCCGUCCAUCUUCGGAGUGUCCAUUCCCAUCAUGUCAGUGAUGGCGGACCAGCAGGCGGCCAUGUUUGGAGAGUGUUGCUUUGACGUGGGUGAUGUCAAGAUCACCAUGGGAACAGGCACCUUCAUGGACAUCAACACCGGGAGCAAACCGCAUACGUCCGUAGCUGGUCUGUAUCCUCUGGUGGGUUGGAAGAUUGGCUCCGAGGUGGUGUAUCUGGCAGAAGGCAAUUCUGCAGACACUGGCACUGCGAUCAAAUGGGCAAAGGAGCUUGAGCUCUUUUCGGACGUCCAGGAGACCAGCGACAUGGCUUACAGUGUCAGCCACUCAGACGGAGUGUGUUUCGUCCCUUCCUUCAGUGGCCUGCAGGCUCCGCAUAAUGAUCCCAAAGCCUGUGCCUCCCUUAUGGGCCUCAAACCUUCCACCACUAAAAGUCAUCUGGUUCGAGCCAUUCUGGAGUCCGUCGCCUUUAGGAACAAGCAGCUAUACGAGACCAUGCUGAAAGAAACUUGCAUUCCCAUCACAAAGAUCAGGGUGGAUGGCGGUGUUUCGACCAACGACUUUGUCAUGCAGUUGACUGCAGACCUGUUUGGAAGAAAGGUAUCAAGAGCCCAACACUACGAAAUGUCGUGUUUAGGGGCUGCUUUUCUCGCCGGACUUGGAAAAGGAUUCUGGAGGACAAGGGAAGAGCUGAAAAAGCUGCAGAUAACAGAAAAAACCUACUUGCCCCAAGGAGCACCCAAUGGUGGUGUUUGCAGCCCGGAUCUGGAAUACAUCCCGGUCCUCCAUAGCUGGGAGAGAGCUCUCCAACGCUCCAUGAAUUGGUACAAGCCUUGACACCGGAUGCAGGGAGAUCCUUGGUUCAACUAGGACAUGAGCUUUAAUGUGCAAAGCAGACACAAAAUAACCUCACUUCACUUUAUCUGUCUAUAUUAACUAAUUUAAGGGUACAUUUUAAAUGUUACACAGAAAUGGGACCACAAUGGUUUGUUGAUGGUGACUUAUUGUUUGUCCUCACUAGACUUUACAGUCAUGAAAAACCACUUUUUACCUCAUUUCUUUAUGGCACAACAUCCUUAUCCUUCCUUCUUUCCACACAUCAAGCCACUGGUAUCUCUUACUAUACUGUUUUAUCUGGCUGGGUUAAUAUUUAGGGGUUGUUACAUGUUCCCACAUGGGGGCGCUAAUGAUUUGGCUUUGCAGCUGCACGAACAGCCGUAGCAACAGUGUGCCACAGAAUCAUGGAUUUCUUUAAACUCAUCCAGGAAUCAGGAAACGUUUAUUGCCAUCAUAUGUCAGACAUACAUGGAAUUUGACUUGGCAGUUGUUGCAUGAAGGAAGAAAGUACGACAAUGGACAACAGACAACUUAGUGCAGCAAUAAGAUAAAAAUAUAAUAAAAUAUAUGCUAUGUGUUAGUAAGUUAAGAAAUAAAGAUAACAUUAAAAAUAAAAAUAAAGAUAAAGUGCACCAGCUAAAUAGAACGUGCAUAGUCAUAGUGACUAAGUGUAUGUACAUGUAGAGUGAGUGCGGUUGAUGAGCCCGACUGCCGAAGGGAGGAAACUGUUAGUGUGGCAAGAGGUCUAAACCUUGAUGGACCUCAGCCUCCUGACGGAUGGAAGGGGCGCAAACAGUUUAUGUCCGGGGUGAGAGGGGUCUGCUACAAUCUUUCUGGACCGCUUCAAAGUCCUGGAAGCCAACAAGUCCUGGAGAGACGGCAGAUUGCAGCCAAUCACCCUCUCUGCAGAGCGGAUGACACGCUGCAGCCUGCCCUUGUCCUUGGCAGUGGCUGCAGCGUACCACACGGUGAUGGAGGAUGGACUCGAUGAUGGCCGUGUAGAAGUGCACCAUCAUCCACUGUGAGGGAAGAGUUGAGACUCAUCCAAUGUGAGGAAAGAGUUAAAGAGCAGAAUUUCAACUAAAAAAAAGGUUAUUAUUUUUCCUUUUCUUAAUUUAACAAUAUAUUUUUCAAUGAAAUGUUGAAAACAGAGACACAUGUGUAGCCUUUUGGAAAGCUGGGACAGUGUGAUUUUAAUAAUCAUUAAUUCUACCUGCAGGAUAAACAGUCCUUAUUCUUAAACUAAAUACUAAAAUGAAAUGAGAUGAUAUUGUUUAAUUGGGACUGGCACAUUCACUAUUAGGAUGGGCUUUUCUUUGAGGGAAUCCUACUGGAUUUUUGUAUUUUAGCAUCCUGUUGUCAGAACUUCUCUUUACCUCACGUCUGCAUUGGAAAUAAACUAGAAGUGUGUGUAUUGACUGUGAGAGUGUCUAGUUACGGUAUGUGGGGAUUUGAAGAUUUUCUGUAAUCGCUGUCAUAUAGUUUGACUCCGCUUACAACUAAAUUACACGUUUCUAUGACGAAAUGAUCAGGGAUAUAAUUAUUUACUGGACUAUCCUGAAACAGGGUACAUUCAUAUUUCUUGUCAAUGUAUGUUUUGUUACAAUCGUUUCUGUUCCGUUUUAUUGUAUUAAAAAAGUUGCAUCAUG